AACAUCUCACUGGAAUGGAUGUUCCCCACCAGCACGGACCACUCCCCCAACUCCCUUCAUAUCACCUGUGAGAUGUCAAAUCCUGAUAGACCUUCAGUCCUGUUUCAUCUAUAUGAAGGUGUCGAGGUCCCAAAGGAUCGAGAUGAACGCUUUGCAGGACGAGUCCAGUGGGACAAAGACGCCCUCAGAGAAGGACGACUCAAAUUUCACAUCUCCAGACUCCAGACUAAUGACUCGGGGCUGUACUGGUGUGGCGUGUUCACAAGUUAUGGGAAGAACUAUAAGGAAUGUCGCCUCAAUGUCACUGCAGUGAAGGAUCGGCCCGAACAUGAGACAACGAGUGAUACGAGUCUGAGAGGAGAUCCUCGAGGAAGGAUCGGCCUCUACUGGGCACUGGGACUAGCAGCAGCAGCAGCAGCAGCAGCAGCUCUACUUGUUUCCUUUUUUUCCUGUGCAUUGCCAAAAAGAUUUAUGAUCAGCAGAACAAACGAUGCAUCAGAAUGGCCGUCUGGGAUACUCGUGGUUGAACGACGUGGUUUUGGCUCUCCUGCUGACAUUUUGGGCCCUGAACAUACGUUAAAACAAACAGUAGGCGCGUACCAGAAAAAAACACAAAGAGCACAGCACCCACUACACCUAUGACGCUAACAAACAAAGAACUACGUGUGGUGAAAUCAGUGUAGACUCUGGCCCUAACUCACCCCCUUUUGUCAGCUCCGUGCUGGCAAAAAACACACAGACCCAAAGCACAGUACUCAACGUAGGUGCACUCAGUCACAAACACAACAGGCACAC